AUAAUGCAUUGAUCGAAUAGAAAACAAAGGCAAGAGGAGAGCAGCGAAGUUUUGGAGAGCCGGCCCCAGGGGAAAGCCUAACCGGCCAUCCCCAACCUCCUUUAAGAUCUAAUUUUCAACCUUUUCUUUUUCAAUCAGCAAAAAAAUUUGGAAGAUGGUGACAUUCUCUAUGCAGUGAAAGAUCGAAUCAAAGGUUUUUCAAUGCUUCCGCUCUUUUUUAAUUUCUAUUUUCGAGGAUUUUGGUCCGGCUUCUUCAUUGAUCGAGAAUUUUGUCCGCUUCAUGUGAGCGUGUGGUAUGUUAUUCUCCUAGCAAUGUCUAGUAGUUGCGUGUUUCUAAUCGGUGCAAUCGAUCUGGUGAAUUUUCGUUGUUCAUGGUUGAUAAAGCUUUUUCAACCUUGUUGUUCCGAUGCUUCAAAUACUCGCCCACCACCUGAAUCACCGCCUCGCUCUGGGAAGAAGAAGAUGAUCAAUUGGAUCUCCUUUUCGGUGGCUGGUCAAACUGAUGAUUCAGAAAAUUUCCGCUCUACUGGUUUUCCUUUGUUGGUUGCUGGUCAAACCAAUUCUCCUUUUCCGGUGGCUGGUGAAGCCGAAUCUUUUAGUUGUAAUUUUUUAUUUUCUCUUUGUAAUAGCAAGAAGAGCAACAAGGCAGUUAGACUAAACUUCAUUAUUUCGGGGGUUUGAAGCAGUGUAGCUGUCAGUCUGUCACAAUGUCAGACCAUCGCCGCUGGUCACCAGAAGCACUCUGUCGCUCGCUGCUGCCAGUUUUCUGUCGGUUAAGUCAUUAAUAGCUUGGUCGCCAACAUUCAUUCACCUUCAUUGCUCAACCCUCAGACCCUCUUAUAGUGAUCUUGUAUUUCGGUUUAGCUAGUCAAGCCUUUGAAAAUUAGUCUGUUUCGGAUUUUGUAGAAG